AUGACUGCCGUCGUUGACGAAUACCUCGACGGCUCGCUCGAUACUGACGACGUCUUUCCCUGCAAGGGAUGCGGAGAGAUUCUUGAGGAAGGCAAAGCUUUCGAAUUAGCUGGCCAACGAUGGCACCUCGACUGCUUCCGCUGCCACACCUGCGGCACCCUCCUCGACUCCGACGCCAACCUCCUUCUCCUCGGCGACGGCUCUCUCAUAUGCAAUAAUUGUACAUAUACUUGCAACGCCUGCAAUAACAAAAUCGAGGAUCUCGCCAUCCUCACUGGAGAUCAGGCCUUUUGCUCCACAUGCUUCCGUUGCCGAAACUGCAAACGCAAGAUUGAAAACCUGCGUUAUGCACGCACAUCACAGGGCAUCUUCUGCAUGGGAUGCCAUGAAACAAUCAUGGCCCGUCGCCGAAAACGCUCCAAAGCUGCCGCCGCCUCGAAAGCGAGGGAUAAGGAAGACGGCUCCCCCAUGAUGACGGAAAAGUCCCUGCCUGCCCUGCCCCCCGAGAUUGCCCCCAUUGACCAAGGAGACGUUGACUCUGACGCCGGAAGUACUUCCCCACGACCCCAGACUGCCGCUCCUCGCCUCAGCAACAACUCGAGAAUCGCUCCUAUCCCCGCCAGGUCGCCGGAACGGCCCUCGACAGACAAUGGCAACAUCCCCAACAAGGAUACUCUGACCCUGCCUUCCAGCACCUACAGAAAGAACCGAAACUCUGCCAUCCUCCCCAGCGGAUACGGCGCCAAUCAAAACGACUCGCCUGAUGGCUUUUACAUCUCCGUCGCUCUGGAUCCCACGCCCAACGGCUCCGCCAAGGCCUCCCCAGAGGCCAACACGGACGCCCCCAGGAACAACAAGGCUACUGCUGAGAGACGCAGCGAGCUUGCCGCCUCGCCUCACAUUGCCUUUCAGGAAAAAGGCCGUCAGCAGUCGGCAGAUCACAUCUCGCAGGCCAUGGCUCCUUCGCGUAAACUGUCCAAGACCGACAAGGAGAGGAACAAGUCUUCCAAAACGUCACCAGAUACCGACGAUGCUAGAAUACCCGAAGCCCCUCGCAGCAAGCGUCUGCAGACAUCUAGAACAAACAGCUCCCAGUCUACCGAUCUCAAGCAAACAAACGCCGCUUCACGACCUCGCGCCUCCCAGGAUGCUCGAUUGCCUGAUGACGAGGCAACUACGCCCACCCAAGAGCUCAACUCCAAGGCUUCAAAGUCGGCUCCUGGCAUAAGCAUUGCCCGCAAGGAGCUGCCUGCGUCUGCAAACCGAACUUUUGGCCCUGCGGCAAACGCCACGGAUAAGUCUACCCCCAAUGAAAGCUAUAUGCAGCCGCGAACUGCACCUGCACCCCCAGGCUCAAGAAGCUCUGUGGGCGCCAAAGAUGACGGCAGCGUCGAGUCUAGCCACAACCCGAGGCAGAGCCAUACGCGAAGCAUAAGCGAGACGACGCGAUCGACCGUUUCUCCCCGCUGGUCGAGAACUCAGCACCACGAAGAGCAUCCCAGUCACGAUAUUAGCAGCCCCAUUGCCUUUAACGGAGGCGGGGACUCAGCCUUGCUCAAGCGUCAGCUACGAAACUCGGAGCAGCGCGUCGCCGAGCUCGAGCGACAGUUCAACACCGAAAAGGACCUGCAGACCCUCGACAAAAAGCUUGUCGAGAAGCGCAAGACUGUCUCCGUACUGGAUACCCAGGCGGAGAUUAUGAUUCGCCAACUCGAGGUUCUUGCUGGGUAUGUAGAGAAGGCCAAAGAAACCAAGGCUCCGAUUGAUGUCCACGAGCUCGAGGACUCUGCCAUCAAGGACUUUGUCAAGAAGCUAGAGCGAGUCAAGGGGGCCAUGUCGUCCGAGAUUGCUGAGCUGCAUGAGGAGCGCGACAAGCUUGUUGAGGAAAAGAGCCAGGCCAUGGCCGACCGCGAUCGCGCCCUCAUGGAAUUUGAGCAGCUUUCCUCCAAGAAUGCCCAGCUCGCCGACAUGAACAACGAGAUGACGCAUCAGAUUCAAGAACGCUUCAAGUCGCAAGUAGGCGACCUGCGAUCGCCAUCCAACGGGCUCGGUAUCUACGGCCAGCGCGGUGCUGCCGGCUCCAACGCCAACCUCGAUACCGCCAGCAUGACGACCGGUGCUACCCUUGUGCCUACUGACGAGGAGCACAUUGUUGAGCAUGGUCCUACAGUGGUACAGGUGCGCAAGGGCCAGGUGAAGAAAUUUAACUGGAAAAAGGGCUCCAAGACUAUGGCUCAGAACGUCGCCAAGGGUGUCAACCGCGCUGUUGUUGCCUUCCAACAAAACGAACGCGAGCGAGGUCAAAUGGGUGGACAACCUGGUGGCUUGACUGCUGAUAACAUUGGUCUACCAUACAACAUGACAGUCACACAGGCUGAUAUGACUGCUACACCCAGUACCACGCCCGGUGGCCCCAAUGCCGCCAACAAGCAACAGGGCUUUGGCUUCUUUGGCAAGAAGACUGCCAUGCCCAAGUCUGUAUCUGCCAACACGUUCUCGACGCCGCUGGCCGCGGAGCCCCCGACAACAUUGUUUGGAUCCGAGCUCACCGAGCGUGCGGAACAUGAGCGCAGACAAAUACCCAGCGUCGUCACCCGCUGCAUCGAGGAGGUCGAGCUGCGCGGUAUGGACCAGGAGGGCAUCUACCGCAAGACAGGUGGCAACUCUCAGGUCAACCAGAUCAAGGAGGGCUUUGAGAAGAGCGAGAGCUUUGACAUCUCCGACCCUGAUCUGGAUAUCACGGCCGUAACGAGUGUGCUGAAGCAAUACUUCCGCAAGCUGCCGAUGCCGCUGUUGACGUUUGAUGUAUAUGACCGCGUAUUGGAGUCGAAUGCUAUCUCUGAAGAAGAAGAGCGCUGCGCGCAGCUACGAAAGACAUUUGACUCGAUGCCCCAGAGCCACCGCGACUGCCUCGAGUUUCUCAUGUUCCACCUGCAGCGCGUCGCCCAGCGCGAGCCUGAGAACCUAAUGUCGCCCAAGAACCUGGCCGUCGUCUUUGCCCCCACCAUUAUGCGCGACCUGAGCAUUGAGCGGGAAAUGACAGACAUGCACGCGAAGAAUAUUGCUGUGCAGUUUGUCAUUGAGAAUAGUCACAUCAUUUUCGAGGACGCUUGA